CAUUGGCUGCUGCUGCACAGGAGUGGAUGGGGGGAAGAGACGGAGUGGCAAGAGCUCAAGAAGAUGCAACUACUCUGCCACAGCAUCCCUACAGAUCCUCGAGCUGAAGGAUGGCAGAGGUGUAGAGCCACGUUUAUGGGUCUCGAAUGAAUGGAAAAUGGUUACAGGGUAACUUCAGCCACAAAGUACUUUAGGUCUGGACUUUUUGUGACUGAACAGAUCUCUGCAUUGUCGGACUGAGCUAUCGCAGUCUAUUUCAGGAUGUACUGCUGUCUCCCGGGGAGGAAAGUCGUCGCAUUUACAGUAAAAAUGGAUCCCUGCGUCCGCCGUUGGAUUGUCCUCUUCAGUACCUCCUGCACCUGCUGAGACGUCGCUGAUAGCCGCCCUGCCGCACUUCUGGGAUGGUGUGACGUCCAGCCACCUGCUGGCUGCCCCACAUCUGGGUCGAGAUGCCUGUGAUGAAGGGGCUCCUGGCCCCACAGAACACCUUUCUGGACGCCAUCGCCACACGCUUCGAUGGCACCCACAGUAAUUUCUUGUUGGGUAAUGCCCAGGGCCAUUGCGGCUACCCCAUCGUUUACUGCUCUGAUGGCUUCUGUGAGCUGACUGGCUUCACUCGCACCGAGGUGAUGCAGAAGAACUGCACCUGUCGCUUCCUUCACGGAGCUGACACCUGCGAACACGUGGCCCAGCAGAUAGAGAAGGCUCUGGAGGGACGGGAAGAGUACCAGACUGAAGUCCACUUUUACAAAAAGAAUGGUGUGGCCUUCUGGUGUCUGCUGGACAUUGUGCCCAUAAAAAACGAAAAGGGCGAAAUGGUUCUCUUCCUCUUCUCAUUCAAGGACAUCACUGACAGCUAUGGGAAGGGGCAUCACAGCAGCAAGAGGGGUGAAGACAACAGGUACAGGAGGAAGAGCAGCUCUCACUUCCGCGAGGCCAGAAAACACGGACGCACCAUGUUGUACCAGCUGACCAGCCGAUUCUCCAGAGGAGGCAAAAGAGACGUCAACCUGAGCGGAACGAUGGUGGACAAGCCUUCAGUACCAGAGUACAAGGUGGCGGCGGUGCAGAAGUCGCGCUUCAUCCUGCUCCACUACAGCGUAUCCAAGGCGCUGUGGGAUUGGCUCAUCCUGCUGGCUACCUUCUACGUGGCCGUCACCGUACCCUACAACGUUAGCUUCUCCCCACACGACGACUCCAUCCCUGCUUCCCGCUCCACCAUUGUCAGUGACAUCUUAGUGGAAAUGCUGUUCAUUAUUGACAUUAUCCUGAACUUUCGUACCACCUAUGUGAGCCAGUCAGGUCAGGUGGUGUACGAGUCUCGCUGCAUUUGCAUUCAUUAUGCCACCACUUGGUUCUUUGUGGACCUGGUGGCCGCCUUGCCCUUUGACCUACUCUAUGCCUUCAACAUCACAGUGACCUCUUUAGUCCACCUCCUGAAGACGGUCCGUCUUCUGCGUCUCCUUCGGCUUCUUCAGAAGCUUGACCGUUACUCUCAGUACAGCGCCAUGGUGCUGACCUUACUGAUGUCUGUUUUUGCCCUGCUGGCGCACUGGAUGGCCUGCAUCUGGUACAUGAUCGGUCGCAAGGAAAUAGAAACCAAUGAAACCUGGGAGAUAGGAUGGCUCCAUGAGCUGGGCAAACGUCUGGAGACUCCGUACAUCAACAGCACAGUGGGCGGCCCGACGGUCCGCAGCUCCUACAUCGCUGCUCUCUACUUCACCCUCAGCAGCCUGACCAGUGUGGGCUUCGGGAACGUCUGCGCCAACACCGACGCCGAGAAGAUAUUCUCCAUCUGCACCAUGCUCAUCGGUGCUCUGAUGCACGCUGUCGUCUUCGGUAAUGUGACGGCCAUCAUCCAGCGCAUGUACUCACGCCGCUCCCUCUACCACACGCGUAUGAACGACCUGAAGGACUUCAUCCGUGUUCACCGUCUGCCCCAGCAGCUUAAGCAGCGGAUGCUGGAGUACUUCCAGACCACAUGGUCUGUCAACAACGGCAUCGAUGCCAACGAGCUCCUGCACGACUUCCCAGAUGAGCUGCGGGCCGACAUCGCCAUGCAUUUGAAUAAGGACAUCCUUCAGCUGCCGGUUUUUAAAGGGGCCAGCCGAGGCUGCCUGCGCUCACUCUCCCUUCACAUUAAGACCUCUUUCUGUGUACCUGGGGAGUACCUGAUACGUCAGGGCGACGCUCUGCAUGCCAACUACUUUGUCUGCUCCGGUUCCCUGGAGGUACUGAAGGACAGCAUGGUGUUGGCGAUAUUAGGCAAAGGGGAUCUGAUCGGGUCUGACUUGCCUGGAACUGAUCAGGUGAUAAAGACGAAUGCGGAUGUGAAGGCGCUCACCUACUGUGACCUUCAGUACAUCAGUGUGCGCGGCCUGACAGAGGUGCUGGAGCUGUACCCAGAGUAUGCCAGUGUGUUCACCACCGACAUCCACAACAACAUCACCUACAACCUGCGUGAAGGCAGCCAAGACGAGGGCUUCAGCAGAUUCUGCAAGUCGCCCAGACUUCCCCAUCAGUCACCAAAGCUCCCUCCUAUUGUGGAGACGAAGUCGGACGACCCUGAUGACGCCUUCCACCUCUCUCCAGCCACGCGCUCUCGGCGCAACCUCUUGCUGCCCAAUUUCACCAGCCCGGUUCGCCGCACCUCCCUGGGGAACCUGCUAGGAGACGAGCUGCGUCAGUUCAACGCCCUGCGACGUUGCCGUUCACCAAACCUCAGCCGAGGAUUCCCUGGACAAAGCUUAUCCCCUCAGCCACCUUCAAAAAAAGAGCACAGCACUUCCUUUUCCACCCCAACAACUCAGGCUUCAACUUCAGCCAAGGACGAGCUGGGAGACGAGCAAAAACCUGCAAAGUUGCUCAUCCCGACAGUGAUGUGUUUUCCACCACCGGAUCUCAGUCCCAGGGUUGUAGAUGGCAUCGAAGACAACGGCCACACGUUCCAUUUCACCGUGGAGCACAGCAAGCCCAGCUCCAGAACAGGUGGCAUCACCCCAGAAACCACACAAACAAAUGCCACUCUGCUGCAGGAGACGGAGGAGGUGAAGGAGAGCAUAGCUCAGCUAAAUCUUAAGGUGGGCGUAUUAAACCAAGAAGUAUCAGAACUCACCAAGAGCCUUCACAACAUGAUGCAUCUCCUCCAGGCUCAUAUAUCUGUAAACCACCACCACAAAACCCCCUGCCUUUCAAGUCCUCACUCUGUUCAUACAGUGUCCAGCUCUCCCAUGGCCCCCAGCACCUCCACAGCUUACUGCCUUUAUUCCAGUCCGCAGAGUCUCAAAGCCUGGGGCCACCAAAGUGCACCAGUCGCUACCCAGCGGAGCUACAGCGAAACUGUUCAGUCCCAUAGCAACCAGUCUACCACACCAAUCUCUGAUGCUUGUCUGCGACUUUCACUAAACUCUUCAUCUAAGUUAGGUUUAUGCCAUAGCACUGAAAGCAUGACUUUACCUGUAUGGACCAGCCCAUCUCCGUUUCAUGUCGGUGGAAGUCCUGACUUGGUGCGUCAUUCAAGUCGGGAUGAGUCCCGACCUCUUGGUGCUGGUCCAACCUCCAUCAGCCAGUCCCAUCCCACGCUGUGUCUGCAGCCUUCCAGUGACAGUGAUGAAUUCGCCUGCCUUCUAUCCAGCGCUCCUGCAGGUACAUCCACACGCAGCCUGCUGGACCCAACGCCUCAAACCUCCAGUGAUGUUCUGGGUCACAAUCCGACCUUCCAGAUCCACGACUCGCACUCCUCCCUCCCUGCCACCUCUUCACCACCUGCAUUACCCAGCCAACCGUCCGACUCCUCUCUGGAUUCGGGAUCACCACAGAUGGAUGUUUCGGCGCCCCGUCUCACGCUGGGUGACCCCUCUGCUUCAGAGCACACCAGUUUGGAGUGUCUGCUGGGCAACAGGGACUCUGUGGAAAGUAAGGACAGCGAGAGCAUGUCAUCACGAAGGUCCAGCAUUGGCGGUCAAACUCAGAGCACCGAGCAGUCAUGGUGCCUGGAUCUCACAGACUGAAGCGUCCACUUUUCAGUUAAACUUGGCAACAGUAGCUGCGUUUCCACUGACCAUAAAAUUGCGAAAAUUGGAAUUACGUAAAUAAAUUCACAUGCCAAUUUCAAAAUGUCUGUUUCCCGCAUACACUUUUUCCCAAUGGUUUCCUAAGAUGGCAGGUCGCCUGUUUUCUUCAGAUAACUAGUUCAUUUUUCAAUGGUUUUCUCGAGAUAAUGAGUUAAUCCUGAUUAUUAAUUUGUGUGUUAAACCUCAUUCCAUCCUUCAAUGCAUGCCGUUAUGCACAAUUGCAAGUGGCAUCCAUUUAAAGGCUGGAAUGAGAUUUAAAACUCCUGAUCUCAAAAACCAUCAGGAAAUUAACUCUUUAUCUCUAGAAAAGCAUCGGGGAAAAGUGUAUUUGGAAAACAGGAAGUUAUCUCAGAAAUAAUUAACUCCCUGUUUUGAGAAAAAACAUUGGGGAAAAGUUUUUAUCAAAUCGUCCUCUCUCGGCUUCCGUAGAUUUGUACGCCUAUCAGAAUUGGUGUUUUUUGCAAAACUGAAAUGGAAAAACUUUUUCCCAUCCAACCAGUUUGUAUACAGCAGCAGCACGCUUAUUUGUGGGAACUGAUCUCCUUGGACGACAUGCAGCUGGCUCCACCAGAGCUCUCUGCGUCGGGCAAUUCAUCAAAACGUGAGUUUAUUGAAUCGGUAGCUCUUCUGUAAACUCGCUGACUUCAAUUUCCCCCAAAUACUACAUAUAUAUGUAGUCGCCCUUAAUAUAAGGAGCUUGUUGCUCCAACGUCUAAAUAAGGCUGCGAUCACUGCUGCCUGAAGUGACCCAAUUCCGAUUUUUUUUUUUUUUUUUUUUUUUUGGCCGUUAUGCGACUCGUAUCUGAUCCUUUCAUGACAGUCUGAACAACACAGGUUGGAUUUUUCCGAAUGCGACCCAGACCACUUGGAGAUCCGAUACGUAUCCGAUCUUUUCAAAUGUGACCCGAGUCUCAACGGCCAGGUCCUGAACGUCACUGAUACUCGACAAACGUCACUAUUCUGCGUCCUGAUACACCCAAAGCGGGAAGAAAAACAACAACCAUGGCGGACUAUAGUGAGGAUUAAGUUGUUCAAGUGCUGGCUUCGGUUGGACAACUUCAAAAUCAUAAGCUAUGCUCCACCGUUAGCCUCCAUGUUUACUUCCGCAAACACUUCUUCUUCUUCUGUUGCGUUUUAUGGCAGUUUACAGAUUUUGUGCAUUACCGCCAUCAACUGGACGGAGAUGUAACUUCAGAAAUUAAUUUUUUUACUAUACAUCUUCAAAUCAAAAAAAAAAAUUACUAAAUUAUAUUCAUACUUAUACACUCACACACACUAAAUCCUCUCAGCUAUACCGCAAACACUGAGCACUGCUUCUGUUUUACAGCGGUUGGGAAAACACUGAGCACUGCUUCUGUUUUACAGCGGUUGGGAAAACACUGAGCACGCUCUCUGUGACGUCAUUGCGCCCUCUAGUGCGCAUGCGGGACACUUUCAGGUCGUUUGCAGUUCACACAGGGAAUCGCAUACAAGUCGAAUAUAUUUGGAAGCAUGAACGACCAUGGCAAAAACAAAAUCCGUUUUGACAAAAAAUUGGAAUUGAGUCACUUCAGGUUGCGGUGUGAACGUAGCCUAAGCCUGAUGAUGUCUGAUAAUGGGCACUACUGCAGUUGCUAAAAUAUGAAUAAAACUCGUAAGUUUUUAGAUCCAUCACCACCAUUAGUUUUAAUGACUGAGCACAUAAACAAGCUUGUAUACGUGUGAUUUAAAUUCAGUUACUUAUUUCAUGUUAACGCCUCAAUUGCGAAAUUGUGUUUUUUCGACAUUAGCAGAUUAUCGGAAAACGUUUGUGCACAUUUGUAAUGGAAACGCAUCUAUUGUCGCUUUAUCGACAUGCAUCUUCAUACAGUUUAAAACGUCUCUAACAGAUUGUUAAUCUGUACUUUUUGUUACCAUCCUAACUCGUGGGCUCCUGCAUUUGUCACUUUCUAUGCAACAGCAUGUUUUUGUGCAUUAUAUCGGCUUUACUGAAGUGUGUCUUCAGCUCCGCCACAGGAGCCGCAGUAUAUAUGUUGUAUAUUUUUCCAGCGUCCUCAAUCAUUUUGCCAUCUAUGAAACCUGUUACCUCUCUUGCAUGGUAAAAGUUGUUUAUUCUUUUUCCUAAGGAAAAGUGUGUAAGCAUUCUACAUUUCUACAUCUACUAUUGAUUGUGUACACAAAUACUGUAUUUAUACAGAAAGUGAGUCUGAGCUAUUGGAUAUUUUCAUAUAGAGAAAAACUACCAUGGCAUGCCUCACUUUGCAUGUAUGAAUAUGUGCACUGCAUAGAUUGUCUGUUUUUUUAUUAUUUUAUUGAAUGUCAAUCCAAAAUUCAGCUUUUUUUUUCAGACUGUUGUAUAUCCACUGAACUUUUACUUUCUGUGCCCUUCAAAUUAUCUGGAAAUUUAAAGACAUUUCCUAUUUUCCACACUGUCAAAUUAAGUAUAACAUUUAAAAUUUUAAUUUCGUCAUAUUUUCUGUAGUAAGCAUUCAAAAUACACCUCUGCUGAAGAAUACAAACUAAAUGUCCAUAUUAAACUGAAACAUUUAAAUCGUGUUCAUCCACACAAAUUCCUCAGAGGGAAGCACAAAUUUUCCUGAUUAAUUAAGAGUAUUUUAUUCUUUCUGAAAAGUUUCUCCUUGGUUGUCAAAAUAAAAAACUGA